AUGAGCGAUAGCAUGAAAAACAUGGCGUCGACGGCUUCCGCAUCCCGCGGUUCAAGUUCAUCCUCCAAUGGACUCCUCACCGUCACCAUUGCCAACACCAGCCCUCGCCGCGCCCUCGCUUCUGAUGACAAUGACGACGAAGACGAACUCCUCAUUGAUCCCGACGAUCCUUUCGACGUUACUCAAACCAAAAAUGCUCCUCCCGAAACCCUCAAACGUUGGCGACAAGCUGCAUUUGUGCUCAAUGCCUCAAGGCGUUUUCGAUAUACUCUUGACUUGAAAAAGGAAGAGGAAAAAGAGCAUAAGAAAAGCAUGAUUCGAGCUCAUGCCCAAGUCAUCAGAGCAGCUUUGCUUUUCAGAUUGGCCGGUGAACGUCAACUAGUGACAGGUACAACAGUGGCAUCCAUAACUCCAGGUGGUGACUAUACAGUUGGACUUGAACAACUUGUUUCAAUGUCCAAGAAUCAAAAUAUUUCGGCUUUACAACAAUAUGGAGGGGUUAAAGGCUUAUCAGAUUUUCUAAAAUCAGAUCUAGAGAAAGGGAUUAGUGGAAAUGACGAUGAUCUAUCAAAAAGGAAAACUGCAUUUGGAACUAAUACAUACCCUCGGAAAAAGGGUAAAGGUUUAUGGAGGUUCCUAUGGGAAGCUUGGCAAGAUCUGACCCUUAUAAUAUUGAUUAUAGCAGCUGCAGUGUCAUUAGUGCUUGGAAUAAAAACAGAGGGAUUGGAAGAAGGAUGGUAUGAUGGAGGAAGCAUUGCUUUUGCAGUUAUACUUGUCAUUGUAGUUACAGCUGUCAGUGAUUAUCGACAAUCUUUGCAGUUUCAGAACUUGAAUGCAGAAAAACAAAAUAUACAAUUGGAGGCCAUGAGAGGUGGUAGAAUAAUAAAGAUAUCGAUAUUUGAAAUUGUUGUUGGUGAUGUACUGCCCCUUAAAAUAGGAGAUCAGGUUCCUGCUGAUGGGGUUUUAAUUACUGGUCACUCACUUGCCAUUGAUGAAUCCAGUAUGACUGGGGAAAGCAAGAUUGUUCACAAGGAUCAAAAAGCACCAUUUUUAAUGUCGGGUUGCAAAGUAGCAGAUGGAGUUGGUUCUAUGCUGGUAACUAGUGUUGGUAUAAAUACUGAGUGGGGAUUGUUGAUGGCAACUAUCUCAGAAGAUACCGGAGAAGAGACUCCCUUACAGGUACGGUUGAAUGGAGUAGCAACUUUUAUUGGUAUUGUUGGGCUUACUGUAGCUGCAGCUGUUCUUGCAGUCCUCUUGGGAAGAUACUUUACUGGCCACACGAAAGAUUUAGAUGGAAAAGUGCAAUUUGUUGCUGGAGAGACUAAAAUCAGUGAUGCUGUUGACGCAUGCAUCAAAAUUUUUACCAUUGCAGUAACAAUUGUGGUUGUUGCAGUGCCAGAAGGUCUACCUUUAGCAGUUACCUUAACCCUGGCAUACUCUAUGCGGAAGAUGAUGGCAGACAAAGCCUUGGUGCGAAGGCUGUCAGCUUGCGAAACUAUGGGUUCUGCUACGACAAUUUGCAGUGAUAAAACUGGAACCUUGACCUUAAACCAGAUGACUGUAGUUGAGACAUAUGUUGGGAGGAAUAAAUUAAAUCCACCAGAUGACUCAUCAAAAUUGCAUCCAGAAGUUUUAUCUUUGAUAAAUGAAGGCAUAGCGCAAAACACAACUGGCAAUAUUUUCGUUCCUAAGGAUGGUGGAGAGACAGAGGUUUCAGGAUCUCCUACAGAGAAGGCAAUUCUAUCUUGGGCUACGAAGUUGGGAAUGAAUUUUGAACUUAUAAGAUCAAGUUCAAAGGUUCUCCACGUCUUCCCUUUUAAUUCUGAGAAGAAGCGAGGUGGCGUUGCUGUGAAACGGGCGGACUCUGGAGUGCAUAUACAUUGGAAAGGAGCUGCUGAGAUAGUUCUAGGAACGUGUACCCAAUAUAUUGAUUCAAAUGGUCACCCGCAAUCUAUUGAAGAAGAGAAGGCAUUCUUCAAGAACGCAAUUGAUGACAUGGCUACUCAGAGCUUGCGCUGCGUUGCUAUUGCAUACAGAUCAUACGAAUUGGACAAAAUUCCAUCCAAGGAGGAGGAUUUAGACCAAUGGACCUUACCCGAACACGAGCUUGUAUUACUUGCUAUUGUUGGAAUAAAGGAUCCUUGUCGCCCUGGAGUCAAAGAUGCUGUAAGAUUAUGUACUGAGGCUGGUGUUAAGGUACGCAUGGUUACUGGGGACAAUCUUCAAACAGCAAAAGCAAUAGCUUUAGAGUGCGGAAUACUGGUUUCACUUGAAGAUGCCGUUGAGCCAAAUAUAAUUGAAGGAAAGACAUUCCGUCAACUAUCUGAAAUGGAAAGGGAACAAGUUGCUAAGAAAAUAACUGUGAUGGGAAGAUCAUCUCCAAAUGACAAGCUUUUGCUCGUGCAAGCACUGCGCAAAGAAGGUGAAGUUGUUGCUGUCACAGGAGAUGGCACUAAUGAUGCUCCUGCUCUUCAUGAGGCAGAUAUUGGUCUUUCUAUGGGCAUCCAAGGAACUGAAGUAGCAAAAGAAAGCUCGGAUAUUAUAAUCCUGGAUGAUAACUUUGCAUCAGUAGUAAAGGUUGUUCGCUGGGGACGUUCUGUUUAUGCAAAUAUUCAGAAAUUUAUACAGUUCCAGCUCACUGUAAACGUUGCUGCACUUUUUAUAAAUGUGGUGGCAGCAGUAUCUUCUGGUGAAGUUCCUUUAAACGCAGUACAGCUUUUGUGGGUCAACCUUAUUAUGGACACACUUGGUGCUCUUGCUCUGGCUACUGAACCACCGACUGACAGUCUUAUGAACAGAUCACCAGUAGGCCGAAGGGAACCUCUUAUAACAAAUGUCAUGUGGAGGAACUUGUUUGUACAGGCUCUCUAUCAAGUGAUUGUUCUUCUGGUUCUUAACUUUGGUGGUGAAAGUAUUCUACGUCAAGAUACUAGGACACAUACCUUAGAAGUGAAGAAUACUAUAAUUUUCAACACAUUCGUCAUGUGCCAAAUAUUCAAUGAAUUCAAUGCUCGGAAGCCAGAAGGAAUGAAUGUCUUCAAGGGAGUGACUAAGAACCGUCUGUUUGUGGGAAUUGUUGGAGUAACCUUUAUACUUCAGAUAAUCAUCAUCGAGUUCCUUGGGAAGUUCACAACGACAGUGAGACUUAAUUGGAAGCAGUGGCUUUCUUGUGUUUGUAUUGGGCUGUUCAGCUGGCCACUUGCAAUAAUUGGAAAAUUAAUUCCAGUUUCCAAAACACCUUUGUCACGAAGUGUUGUCAAGGCAUUUAGGCGCUUGAAGAAGACCCGGACUCAAUAA